AUGACAAUUGAAUUUCUUUUCAUACUCAUCAUUACAAUUACCAGUACGAGUUGUACAUCGAACAUCUGGAAUGUCAAUCAAGAAAUCGAUUCAACUGUUUCAUUUCGAUGUGAAAUCGAUGAAUUAUAUUCCAACGCGGUUAUCACUUGGGUUUAUCGUCCGAAAGUUCAUAAGACUCAUGGCGUUAAAUGGUUACCUUUGUAUGCUAAUGCGCGUCGUUUAACUCAAAAUGCUGAACGCUACAUCGUCGACUACAGUGGUUACAAUGAACAAACGAAAAAAUAUUUAUCAAUAUUAACAAUUCAUCAAUUACGAUUAUCAGAUGAAGGCCUGUAUAUGUGUAAAUCAAAUCAGUAUCAAUCAAUAGCAUCACUAUUCAACCUAACAAUUUCUCCAUCAAUGAAGAUUCUGCCCAACGAUGGUCUUAUUCAAUUAGAUCCUAUUCAACGACCCAUUAAUCUAUCAUGUAUAGUACGCGAAUUUCCGAUGCAUACUGUUGAUCCGUUACGUUUGAAAUGGUAUCACAACGAUCGCGAAAUACACAGCUCACAUAUGACUGUAAAGCCAAUCAAACAUGGCAAUCAUGCAACAUUAUAUUUACACAUACGUCAUUUAGCUUUGAACGAUUCAGGUUUAUUCAAGUGUGUCUACGAUGAUGGAAAAGCAAGCAAAACGGUUCAAAUUCUUUAUACUUCUUCGGGUAAAUAG